AUGGUAGCCAAAGUCGCCCUCGUCACUGCCUCAAGCGCCGGCCUCGGCGCCGCUGCAGUCAAAGCGCUGGCGUCCCAUUUCCGCGUCGUGGUGAACUACAACUCGCGACAAGAGAAAGCCGAGCAGGUGAUCAAAGAAGCCUCGUCUAUCCCGGCAACAUACAGCACGUCGACCGAACCACGGUUCCAUGCCAUCAAGGCGGACAUUUCGCGGCGAAGCGAGAUCCAGCGCCUCGUCGCCGAGACCGUGGCCACAAUGGGCCGCCUGGACGUCGUCGUUAGCAACGGCGGCUGGACCCGGCUGACCGACUUCUUCGAUCUCGAGCAGCAGAUCAACGAGGACGAUUGGGAUCGAUGCUUCAACGUCAAUGUCAAGAGCCACCUGUGGCUUCUGUACGCUGCGAAGCCUCACCUCGAAAAGACUGCAGACGAAGAGGGCGUGGGUGGUGCAUUCGUCACCGUCGCCAGUCUGGCCGGGGUCCGACCAAGUGGAAGCUCGUUGCCCUACUCGGUCACCAAGGCCGCCGAGAUCCAUCUGACAAAGGGGCUUGCCUUGAUCUGUGGCGCCAAGGUCAGAUGCAACAGCGUGAGCCCUGGGUUGAUGUUGACGGAAUGGGGCAAUCAAUUCCCGGAGGCCAAGAUAAAGGCAACGACGGAACGAGCGGCGUUGAAGUCGCUCACUACGCCCGAGGACGUGGCCGAGCAGAUCAAGACGCUGGUGCUGAGCAAGUCCAUCACCGGUCAGAACAUCGUCCUGGAUGGCGGUAUCGCCAUAUAA